AUGCAUUUCUGUCCCUCCCAGGUGAAGUGUGUCGAUCUUCUUGAAACAUACAUUGAGAGGAUCAAGCAAGUGAACCCACUCAUCAAUGCUGUUGUUAAGGACAGGUUUGAGGCUGCCCUGCAGGAGGCCCAAGCCAUUGAUCAGCUGUUGUCCGAGGGACAGGAAGAUGAAGAGUCACUUCAGAAAAAAUUCCCCUUGCUGGGCGUUCCUGUCACCAUCAAAGAAGCCUUUUCAUUACACGGAAUGCCCAAUACCUCUGGACUGGUCAGCCGGCGCAAUGUGAUCUCCGUGUCGGAUGCUGUCGUGGUAUCUCGGUUAAAGCAAGCAGGCGCUAUUCCUCUGGGGGUGACCAACUGCAGCGAGCUGUGUAUGUGGUUUGAGUCAAGCAACUGUGUGUAUGGCCGAUCGAACAACCCCUAUAACCUUGACUGCAUUGUAGGAGGCAGCUCAGGAGGUGAAGGUUCCAUCUUAGCAGCCGCUGGUUCUGUGAUUGGGAUCGGCUCAGACAUCGGGGGCAGCAUCCGCAUGCCCGCUUUCUUCAAUGGCAUCUUUGGGCACAAGCCCAGCACAGGUGUGGUGCCCAACAAUGGCCAAUUCCCUGAUGCUGUGGGUCCCCGGACCGACUUCCUGUGCACGGGACCCAUGUGUCGUUAUGCUGAAGACCUAGAACUCAUGUUGAGAGUCAUGGCUGGAACAAACAUUUCCAAACUGAAGCUGGAUGACGAGGUAUCCUUGCAGAAUAUAAAGUUUUAUUCUAUGGAACACGAUGGAGGAUCCGUUUUCAUCUUCCCAGUUGAGAAAGAGAUUCUUCAAGCUCAUCGGAAAGUGGUAACGCACUUAAAGACUGACCUGGGGGUUGAGGUUGAGAGUGUGGCCAUCCGGAAAAUGAAGUAUUCCUUCCAAAUUUGGUCAGUCAUGAUGUCUUCCAAGAGUAGUGAUGGUCAGGAAAAUCAAACCUUCACUGAUUUGCUUGGAGACCACGGAAAGCCAGUGUGGCCAUCAUGGGAGCUGGUGAAAUGGAUGAUAAGAAAAUCUUCUCAUACGCUACCAGCCAUUGCACUAGGAAUGACAGAGAAGUUCACAAACUACAACUCCAAGGUAACUGCUAAGCUAGCAAGCAUGGCACAGAGCCUGCGAGCAGAGAUGGUGGAAUUAUUAGGAGAGGAUGGUGUCUUCUUAUACCCUUCACACCCUGUCCUAGCUCCCAAGCAUCAUAUGCCCCUGGGGAUGCCCUUCAAUUUUGCCUACACAGCCAUCUUCAAUAUUCUGGGCUUACCAGUGACCCAGUGUCCUCUCGGCCUGAGCAAGGAUGGACUCCCUUUAGGCAUCCAGGUGGUGUCAGGACCCCAGAAUGACCACUUGACCUUGGCCGUGGCACGAUACUUGGAGAAGGCAUUUGGAGGCUGGGUUCCCCCUGGCCCAUCCUAACACGUGUUUCCUGGGACCUGGAGGCAAAAGAAGCAGAACGCUCCCCCAUCUGUGAAAUCUAGGGCUAGGUGUGUGUGCCUGAAGUUUCGAAGGGCCGUGUCACCUUUCCUCACCCAUGCAACCCAAGGGAAUACAUAUGGGGUAAUGAACUUGUCCACCAAGUUAGGUAAUUUCUCCCAUGCAAGCGAAGCUAAAAGAAUGAAGGAGUCAGCUGGCUCUCUUCUCUUUGACUUCCUUGCUAGAUUUAGGGGAGGAUGGUGUCUCAGGGAAGGCAAGGCUGAGAGCAACCCUGAUGGGAGUUGUGAAAUGGUCCUUUUUCCCCUUUCGUAUGCUGUUUUUGACAACAGCAUUGGUAGAGUAGGAUUGGUGUCCCCUGCUUCUACUAUUUUCUGCUGCUUAGAAAUCAGUUUAGACCAAGAGGGAUUUUAUGGAAUUGCAUUCUUCUGCUAGAAAGAAUAGGAGAAACCAAGGUUCCCAAGUCCCUCUCGGUUUGCACAGAGAAUGAGAAACAGCCCUGGGACCAGACAGCUUGGCUUUGCUUCAUCUUUUCAUGGACUUCUGCUCAAGCGAGGGUUGAGAUUGAUGGGAGCUGCCCCGGCAGGUACCAAGCCCACUGAAAGACACAUAUUGAUAGGCUCAAGAAAACUUCUGGUGGAGUCUGAUGUGUCUCAGUGCUUCUGCCAAUGCACUUCCUGUUCUGUCGCUAUGGGAUGGGGGUCUUUAGAAUGGUGAGUCCGAGCCAUGCUUUGUGUUGGCGAAAUGACUUUUUCCUGUUGAUGCUUGAUCCUUACUGCAUUGCACCCACCACCCUCUGGAUUGGGCUGCCUGCAGUGGAAAACUACGGCCUGUCAGUCAGUUCUCACGGGCCCAAUAAAAUGAAAUAUGUGUUGCUGUCCUGAUACGUCAAUAGAAUGUAAUGUAUUGUCUGGCACUGGA